AUGCCAGACGAGAAGUACGACGCACUGAUGCACCAUUUUGUCUACAACAAGACGUGGCUACGGAGCAAGUUUCCACCAGAGACAAAGUACAUAUCUAUAAUAAGACAUCCAUUCGGUCAUCUCAAGUCUCAGAUGAAUUACUUCACACUGGCAAAGGUUCUUAAGAUAAAAGGUCAUGGAAACGCCGUGAAGGUGUUCUUGCAGGACCCCUGGCAGCACAGGAACAGGUCCGAAACAUUCUUCCCUCACGUGAACAUCACGUGGGACGGGACCAGGAACCCCAUGACCUUUGACAUGGGGUGGCCGGCCGAGAGGGCAGAUGAAGAAGAGGAAGCUCGCGAGUACAUCAGCAAGUUAGACUCUGAGUUCACACUCGUGAUGAUCCUAGAACAUUUGGACGAAUCGGUUGUUCUUCUACGACGUCUUAUGUGUUGGGAUCUCCGAGACAUUCUAUUAUACUCCAAGGUAAAGAACUCACGCCCAUACCCGUAUAAGAAUUACGUGGCAACACCAGAAGAACUGGAGCACCACCGUAGCUGGAGCGCUGUGGAUUAUUUGUUGUACAACACGUUCAACAACUCACUAUGGCGAAAGAUCAACGCUCAGGGUCAAGAUUUCUACGACGAGCUGAACUAUUACAGACGCAUGAAGCAUAGAGUCAGUGACCACUGUGCUAGAAUCGGCAGAAAAAGGAAAGGGCAGCCCAUGGUCAUAUCCCCAUCAAAAUGGAAUGCUCAAUUUGAAGUGGACACGACGUACUGCAGCCGAUGCCCCUGGACAGGAAGAUGA